AUGAAUUUAACAAUUGAUGGCAAACAAAAAGUGAACUAAUUUUUACGAUUACUAAAAAUCUUUUCAUAUCCACUUAUCAUAUGCGAUUGUGAAAAAAUGUAAUUCUCAGAAAUGCCUGAGAAUCAAUCAUUCAAUGAAUUCAAUAAGACAGAUUCCCCUGCAUUUUUUGCAUAACUAGACAAUGAUUUCUUUACUCAAUUCCAAACUUAGAUCAGAGAAAACCACCUGUUAUUCACUUAACCCCAUUUUUCAAACAUUGAAUUAUAGUAAGAAGUCUCCAUACUUAAUUCAUAGUUAAAGUAUAUAUGCUCCUAUAUACCAACUGAUAUCAUAUACAAAUCAAUAAAACCAUUAAUCAAAUCACAAAUCAAACAAUUAAAACUAUCCUUUGCCUAUAUGAUUUCGGAUUCAUAUCAAGAGGACAAAAAAAUUUAGUUACAAUUUAUGAUCGCCACCUAUUCUGAAGAUGGUUAUUUUACUAUCAUGAAGCCUAUAUCUUAAUUAACUCCUAGAAUAUUCGACUUACCACUCCUGUAAAAUAAAGUUAUCAGCUUCAAUUAUUUAAGUUGCAAAACAAUACUAACACAGAUGAAAUCCCACUCAAUUUAAUUGAAUUUUAGUUCAGAUAAUAUUCAAUUUAAUCCAAUAUCGUUUGACUCAGAAUUAGUUGAAAUUCCAUCAAAUACUUUGAGUCAUUAUGACUAAGCAUUUAUAGAGAAUGUAUAUGGAGAACUCUAAAUAGAAUUGAUAUACUCAAGAACAUACAUUCCCAUCUUUAAUUUUAGUCAAAAAUACAAAUUAGACUGUUAAAUUUAUAUCAACCCUUCAAAACAAUUUAAUAAUAAAAAUGCUAUUUUCUAUUUUGUUUAUAAUUAGUAAUACAUGAUGCUUUGCAGUAGACAAUAAGCAAUAGUCAACAAUUAAAGUAAACCUUAGGCUAAAAUAUUCCACAAUCCAGAUUUGAUCAAAGAAAUUUAACUAAUUAACAGUAGUAUUAAAUAGAAUAAGGCAGACUUGUAAUAUCCUACCACUCAUCAUAAAAAUACCUCAAUAUACAUUUAUGACAACCCUCCCCUUAAAAUGGUAUGUUCUGAUGUUAUGGACAGUAAUACUAAAAUAUACCAUCAACAAGAGCCUUUGCUAUUUGUGCCUCCAAAAGUGACGGGAUCUAUCAGUUAAGCUAUAUAAGACUUUAUGACACGCUAAUCUUGUCAAUAACUUAAUGCCACUUCAUAAAAAUAUUCAAAAAGUUUUCAGAACUGA